AGUUAGCACUGGAUAUCCUCCAAUGGAAAGGGGAGUCGAAUUCAAAAUCCAAAUUGAUUUUCUCGGCUUGGUCUUCGUCUAGGGUUUUAGUGUUUUACAGUCUCUUAGCAGAUCGUUUUGAUGAUGUAAUUGACCAUUGAAUCAAUGGCGUCCUUCCGUAGAACUUUGUCGCCAGCGUAUAACGACCGUUCGUACAAGAACGGCGGCCUAGGGUCUCCACUAUCAGUCCAUUCUCCGUCGCACAAGGUUUUUGCUGACGGUAGACAUUCAUCGUUGCCUUUACCGGUUUUUCUUAGUUUUGUCGUAUCUCUCCGCCGAUUGCUGGUCGUAGUUUUCGUACAAAGAUCUCUUGGGAGCCGGAAAGGAUGGAGACGAUCCUCCUUCAGAUGCCUUCUCUUCUUCGCCUUGGGAUUCCUUUUAGGCGUGCCGCUGUUUGGUCGCGUCAGCAACGAUGACAUUCGAGGCCACGAUUUCUCCUUUGACAUGGUUAGGUCGUCACAUGUCAAUGUCCAGUUGGCUGAUGAAGAUCUGAAAAAACGCGGUGAUGAUUUCGCGCUAGAUAGUGUGAGCUUGGGGGUGGAUCAUUUAUAUACGCCUUUAAAUCACAUGGAGAUGAGGUUAGAUUUCGUGCCGAGGAAGCUCUUAAUUGUGGUAACACCUACCUAUAAUCGGGCUUUCCAGACGUACUUUUUGAAUCGGUUGGGGCAAGUUUUGAGAUUAGUGCAGCCGCCGGUGCUGUGGCUUGUGGUGGAGGGGAAUACGGCUUCAACGGAAACAGCGGAUAUAAUCAGAAAGACAGGGGUGAUGUACAGGCAUUUAGUAUGUGAGAAGAAUUUGACGGAUGUGAAGGAUAGAGGGGUGCACCAGAGGAACACUGCAUUGGAGCAUAUUGAGAGGCAUAGACUUGAUGGAAUAGUGUAUUUUGCGGAUGAUGAUAACAUCUAUUCACUCGAGCUGUUCGAGAACUUGAGGGAUAUCAGCCUUUUUGGCACAUGGCCUGUUGCAAUGCUUGCACAAAGUAAAAACAAGGCAAUUCUGGAAGGUCCCGUGUGCAAUGGUAGCCAGGUAAUUGGAUGGCACACAAACGAGAAAAGUAAAAGAUUGCGGAGGUUUCAUGUGGAUAUGUCUGGAUUUGCUUUCAAUAGCACUAUCUUGUGGGACACGAAAAGAUGGCGACGACCUACAACAGCUUUGAUUCGACAGCUGGACACAGUUAAAGAGGGUUUUCAAGAGACAACAUUCAUAGAGCAAGUGGUCGAAGAUGAAAGUCAAAUGGAAGGAAAACCAAUCGGUUGUUCGAGCAUACUGAACUGGCAUCUGCAUUUGGACACUCGAAAACUUGUAUAUCCUAGUGGCUGGAUGCUUUCUAAGAACCUGGAUGCUGUUCUUCCGAUAACUUGAUGGAAUUUUGAACCUGAAUUUUUGCAGGUGGGUGGCUCGUUGUCCAUCAUGUAUACUUUGCCACGGUUAGCAUCUUGCAGCGCCAGGGGGUACUCGGCAACAAACAGAGUGAUCUUGAAUAUCUUUUUGUUUAUAGAAAUUUUCUAGCAACAAUAUUCUUUUGUAGAUUUGUGUGUGGGGGUAGUUUAAUUGUUUAAUUCUUGGAAUUUUCGUUCCACCUCUCAAAGGAAAGGUGUUAUGCUCGCCGAUUAUAAGUCUAGCAUACCCAUCAUGACUGAGGCAAACCGUUAAACUGCAUCAGAUGGAUUGCUUGGCUUACAAAGUCCUGUUUUAAGUUCUGCUGAAAUAUUCUGUUUUACUUGCAUCCUUAAAAGCCGAGUCCAUAUGCCUUCUGGUAAAAGGAACGGUGUGAUUCUGGGAGUGCCUCUGGUAGUGUAUUUUGAUUAGAACCGUGUUGGCACUUGUAUUCUUGAACUUGGAUUCUACCAGUAUGCAACUAAAGUCGGUGCCAGUGAUUUCAUGCUGGUAAAGCCAUGAUUUGGCAAGCGACACUGACUUCUUGA